GGCCACCACCGCCCCUACAUGCCUUCGCUGCUCCCCCACCUCUUUCUUUCUCUCAGACUCUCACCGUUUGUUGCAGGUCGGAGCGAGCACUCGUAACGUCCAUCCGUAUUCAAAGAUCUGUGAUACUACUCUCUUGGCUCUCGCUUCCAUGGUAUUCUAGGUUUUCGAGUCUCACUCACCUCCUUACCGUGUUGCGUUUUCCUGUGAGGAAGCGGCGACUGAGAACUACACUCGUUUACUGUAUUGAUGUCGUUAAUGGAAACGUGUUCGAUCAGACUAAUCGUUAUAUUCUUAGCGUUGCCCUUGUCGUUCUUUGGAGUGCUUCUUUUUCUUGCAGAUAUGGAUGCUUGGACGGGUAGUAUGGGUUUCAAGGAAGAAAGCAACGAUCUCUUUCCUACUCAUCGCAAGCUUCUUCAUCAUCGUGCCACUGUUACGGCGGAGCCGAACCGAAUGUGGGGCGACAAGUGCAGCAAGUCUGAUAUUGUAAUACACCAAGGCCCCACAGCACCUCUCCCUAGUGGUAUUCCCACCUACACCGUUGAGAUCAUGAAUCUGUGCGUCAGUGGGUGUAACAUUGCUGGUAUUCACCUCAACUGUGGCUGGUUCAGCUCAGCUCGUCUCAUCAACCCAAAGGUGUUCAAGCGCCUUCGCUACAAUGACUGUCUCGUUAAUGAUGGGAAGGCCCUCAAGAAUGGCGGUACUAUCUCCUUCCAAUAUGCCAAUACCUUCCUCUAUCCUCUCUCAGUUUCUUCUGUGGUCUGUGCCUAAUGACCUUAUGAAUAAUAGAGGCCAUUGUCAUUGUCAAUUAGUUUUAGUUUUUUGGGGCACAUAUUUUUGAAAUGUAUAUAUAGAUAUAGGUAUAUGCCAUAUUGCUUUUUCAUGUGCAGGCUGUGUGAGCUUGGAACUGUGAUUUUUGAGGAAUGCUUAAAAUUGUUUUUGAUAGUGACUAGGUGAAGAGAUAAAGUUUCCAACCCUAACAGUUUGACCUGUUUGCCUAUUUUUGUCCCUUUUGGCAUCUUAUUCUUUUGGUUAUCGUGUACAUUCAUUAAUAUAGAACUGUACCAGCAUUAAGUUUUUGCCCUCUGCAAAAAUUCAUG